AUGAAGGACUGCGACAUCACGCAGGAUUUCAGUGAAUUGGCAAGGCUGAUCAUCGGCAAGGGGAGAGGUGGGAUGAGGGACCGUCGAUUAGGCGCUGAUUUGUUACGCUCCGUUUGCCCGGAGAAAAAGGCCAUAUCGGGUAGGCUGCGGGUUUUCGGCGAUGAGGUCUGCUUUUACGAGAGAGACUCUGGCAUUACUGGCGAGAACAAUGAAUACGCGAGGAGGUAUUUGCGGGGCGUAAUACUGGAUAGGUGGCAGCAGUGUCUACGCAGUUCUUUUUGUCAGGCAAAGGAAUUAACUACGCUGGUAUAG